AUGCAGAAGGACACACCGCUAAUGGGCUUUAUUGAAGUUCCCAACGGAGGCGAGUGUUCGGUGUGCCUGUGCGGCGACAAGGAGAUGAUGCAGCUGCCCUGCGCGCACGUCAUUGACAACGAGCCCGACGUUGGUGCAAGCAAGGAAUCAGCCGAGAUAAAAGAAUGUGAGGAGGAAGACGACGAAGGCGAAGAGGAGCCGGACCUAGUAAUUCACAACGAACCGUUCGUCGUGGAGCUGGAGAGCCGUGUGCAGGGUCCUGGGGCCAACAUCGUGAUCGUGGGCCAGAUAGGGUCGGGCAAAUCGAGGCUGGUGCGCGAACUGACCGGUUGUAGCUGCGUCUCCUGGACACGCGCAACCGCGACCGUAGACGCCGACUGGUGGACCCCCUACAAGACCAAUCCCAAGUCGAAGAUCACCGUGUGGGAUUCCAGGGGCAUCAAGUCGUGGAGCACCAGCGGCGUGGAGCAGCUCACUGAGUCCAUCGCCCAACUCGAGUCUGCGUCGGUAGGCGUUGACUUCGUCAUCAUCACCAUGAAGGGUGCUAGGGCGCGGCUGGGCCGGUUCCUGGGCUUUUUGAACGCUCUCGGCAAGAAUGCUGCCGUGGCGGUGAUGCCCAGCUGUGGGCAAGGCGCCGGAGUUGGUCCCAGCCUGAUGCGCCAGUUGGCCAAGAUGGGUGCCGUGCAGCAGCUCAGCCCGACUGUGAGCCAGCUGACCAUGGCCAACGGCGGCACCAUCUGCCUGCUCACCUCCUCAUCUGCGUCCGGGACCAGCGAUGGCAGUGUCUCCUCCUUCGGGAUGCCUGAUCUGUUGAUGUGCAUCCUCAACACGCUUCCCCGUCAUGAGGAGAAACGCCAGAACGUACAUCAGGGAGCGGGGCUGCGUUCUCAGUCCUCCACUCAAAUUUCGGCGAUCACGCUGCUGGUAGGAUGGGCUGGGGCCACUGUAGCUGUGAUGAAGCUCCUCAACGCCUUCUGA